GGGACCAGUCGCGCGCGACCCCACGAAUGUGAAGCGGUUGUGGCACGUCGCGAAGAUGUACGUCCACGGACCCAUUUUUCCGCCAGGCGCACGUCGCGAAGAUGUCCAUCCACUAUUUUUGUCGCGCCACCCGGGGAAUGCGAAUCGGUCGAAGAUGCACCGGCACUUUUGUGAGUGGGAGGGGGAGGAGGAGGAGGAGGACUGGGAGGAGCGGGAGAAGGAGCGGGAGGAGGAGUGGGAGAAGGAGCGGGGAAGGAGCUAUGGAGGAGCGGAAGGGGGGGAGGAGCAGAAGAAGCAGCGGGAGAAGGAGCAGGAGCAGUGGGAGGAGCAGCAAGAGGGGGAGCGGGAGGAGAGGGAGGAGAGGGAGAAGGAGAGGGACGAGGAGAGGGACGAGGAGCGGGAGAAGGAGCGGGAGCGGGGCUAUGGCGGGAUCUUUGUCAUGUUGUUUGGCGGAGGAGGAGCGGCAGGAGGAGUGGGAGGAGCGGGAGAAGGGACGGGAGCAGGAGUGGGAGAAGGAGCGGGAGGAGUGCAAGGGGAAACGGGAAGGGGUGGAGGAGGUGCGGGUGGAGGAGAGGGAGGGGUGGGAGGAGGAGCGGCAGGGAAAACGGGGAGGCGGUUAGGAGCGGGACGAGCGCAAGGGGAAAUGGGAACGGGCGGAGGAAGCGUCGGAGGAGGAGCGGGAGAAGGAACGUAAGAGUUCAAAGGGGAAGGGGGGGAGGGAAGGUGGACAUUGAUUGAUUGAUUGAUUGAUUGAUUGAUUGAUUGAUUGAUCGAUCCAAAAAAAAAAAAAAAGAUCGCCCCGUUCUCCUUUUUUGUUUUUGUUUUUCAAUCAAUCAAAUCAACCACG